AUUGAGGCAAACACGGCGCGACGCAAGUCGGUCGCAACAUCAAAAAAAAAAACAACAAAGCAAAUAAAUAAAGUGAAUAUAAAUAGAGCGGAUAUGUGUUAAUAAUUUGUUUGCGGCACUAAGAUGAGUUUACUGACUUAUUAGCUGGAGGCAAAUUGGCCACUGUCCAAGAAUGGCCUCUCGCCCCGGUGGCCCACCAGGCUAUGUUGGAACUGCACAAUCACCAGCAAUGUCCUACGCUGGGCCCAGGAAUGCCUAUGCUGGCAUGCCAAUGGGCCACUACCCUUCUAGCAGUGCUCAGAACAUGAUGCAGCGAUCAGGGGGUAGCAUGGUCCAGCAGCAGCAACAACAACAGCAGCUACAGCAGCAGCAGCAGCAACAGCAGCAGCGGUACCCGCCGGGACGGGCUCCUCCGGGCCCUCCUCAGCAGAUGAAACGUCCGCCGCCCGCACCUCAGCCGGGCAAAGCACCGAAGAAGCGCCGGCGGAUGGCGGACAAGAUGCUCUCCUGGAAGGUGCGGGAGCUAGUGCCCGAGUCGCAGGCCUACAUGGACCUGCUGGCCUUCGAGCGCAAACUGGACGCCACCAUCAUGAGGAAACGGCUCGAUAUCCAGGAGGCGCUGAAGCGGCCGAUGAAGCAGAAGCGGAAGCUGCGCGUGUUCAUCUCAAACACCUACUUCCCGGCCAAGGCGCCGGGCGAGGGUCCGGGCGCCGAGCAGGGCAGUGCUGCCUGCUGGGAGCUCCGCGUCGAGGGCAAACUGCUCUCGGACGACAGCAAGCCGGACGCCAAGGGGAAGCGCAAGUUUUCGUCGUUCUUCAAGUCGCUAGUGAUUGAGCUGGAUAAGGACCUGUACGGACCGGACAACCAUCUGGUGGAGUGGCACCGGACUGCCAACACGCAGGAGACGGAUGGAUUUCAGGUGAAGCGUCCGGGCGACCGGAGCGUGCGCUGCACCAUCCUGCUGCUUCUGGACAACCAGCCACCCCAGUUUAAGCUGGACCCGCGACUGGCGCGCCUGCUGGGCGUGCACACUCAGUCGCGGCCGGUCAUCACACAGGCCCUGUGGCAAUACGUCAAGCACAACAACCUGCAGGACCAGAGUGAGCGCGAGUACGUCAACUGCGACCGGUACCUAGAGCAGAUAUUCCAGUGUCCGCGGAUGAAGUUUGCCGAGAUUCCGCACCGUCUGAACUCGCUGCUGCACCCGCCGGACCCGAUCGUCAUCAACCACACCAUCACUGUGGACGGGCCCGAGCAGAAGAAGACCGCCUGCUACGACAUCGAGGCGGAGAUCGACGACCCGCUGAAGGCGCAAAUGAACACGUUCUUACUGUCGACGGCCAGUCAGCACGAGAUCCAGAACCUGGACAAUAAGGUGCACGAGACCGUGGAGCUCAUCAACCAGUACAAGAUCAACCGCGACUUUCUGCUGGGAUUCGCCAGCGCGCCGCAGCCCUUCAUCAACAAGUGGCUCGUCUCGCAGAGCCGUGAUCUAGAGACCAUCACGGACGUGGUCGGCGCCCCGGAGGAGGAGCGACGCUCCGAGUUCUACCGCCAGGGCUGGACCGACGAGGCCGUCCACCGCUACUUCUACGGCAAGGUGCAGCAGAAGCGCGCCGAACUGGAGAACGCGCUGGGCGUGCGCGGCUGAGCGGCGCCGAUGGCGAGAUGGCGCCUCGCGCCCCGCUGAUUACGAUCACGCGGUGACAGAGCGGGCGACGGCGGCAGUUGUGAAAGCAUCGCCAUUGUGAGUCUGGAUUGGAUGACGGAGGUGGUGGGUGGUGGACGAAUUCUGUCGCCGACCGGACCGGUUGGUUGGACGGCUCGUGUCAGUGUCAGUACAAUGGCUCGGAUCAGUGAAACGGGGGCCACAUCGAUUGGAUUGAAGUGGCUAGAGAUAUGCUCAAACUCUUUGCCGCGUGGCGCGUGCUCUGAGGUAACCGAUCAUUUGAAGAGGUUCGUUUCCUUUUUUCGCUGGAAGCGUGGUUGGCAGAUGACAGAUGACUUCUCGGCCUCGGGAGGAUGGUUUGAUAGUGCGUCACGUUCAUUACGCUCCGUUAGCUUUUUCAGUUCAUCGUUUCUGCAUCAAGUGCGAGCUCGUGAAAUAUUGCACCCGCGCACCCGCGCUAGAUUUGUCAUAAUGUUCACCCUGAUGUUCGCCUAUACCUCAUAGUGAUGGAAACGAAGCCUUUUCAGUUGGCAUGUUUUUUAUUAUAAAAGCGCCUUAUUCCCUCCAGCCGUACCUGUUCACUUCAAAUGGAUCUCGAAUGUGCGUUCCGCCAUGACGCCUUGUAUUUUCCGAUACAGCGCCACAUUUUCAUCGCAGCUUGUGCGUUCUGUGAACGCAUGAGCCCUUCACUCCAUUUUCUACGAACGCCUACAAACCGUUAUUGAGACAGCGACAGCAGUGUGUACAUAUCUUCAUAGUAUGCACAAAUAUUUGUAAUUGGCAGCAACUUAUUGAUGCCAAUCGCACAUUUUCCUGUCCUUCCAAUAAACGAACGGUUCGUAA